AUGAAAGCUAAACCACUUAGUCAGGACCCUGGUUCUAAACGUUAUGCCUAUAGAGUCAAUAAAGAAGAAAAUCGUAAAGAGUUGAAGCACGUCAGGAUUGAUGAAUCUGAACAAAAGAUUGACUUACCUCGUAAAAGGUUUUAUCGUCAAAGAGCUCACUCCAAUCCAUUUUCUGACCAUCAGUUAGAAUAUCCAGUGUCUCCAGAUGAAAUGGAUUGGUCUAGACUGUAUCCCGAGUUCCACGAUCCGACAACCGGUAAGAUGAAGAGUCAAGUCACCAUAGCAGAUAUAGGAUGUGGAUUUGGUGGCCUAAUGGUGGAUCUCUCACCUGAGUUUCCAGAUCAAUUGAUCCUAGGUAUGGAAAUUCGAGUUCAAGUUACCAACUAUGUGGAGGACAAAAUAAUUGCAUUGAGGAAUAACCAUGCACAACAGAAAGGUUAUCAAAAUAUCAAUGUGCUCAGAGGUAAUGCAAUGAAGUUUUUACCUAACUUCUUCUACAAGGGUCAGUUGUCUAAGAUGUUCUUCUGUUUCCCAGACCCCCACUUUAAGCAGAGAAAGCACAAGGCUAGAAUUAUUACUAACACUUUAUUGAGUGAAUAUGCCUACGUGCUUAGAGAAGGUGGUGUCGUAUACACGAUUACAGAUGUCAAGGACUUGCAUGAUUGGAUGGUAAAACAUUUGGAAGAGCAUCCAUUAUUCCAAAGGUUGAGCUCAGAAUGGGAAUCAAAGGAUAAAUGUGUAAAGAUAAUGACUCAUGCCACUGAAGAAGGUAAAAAAGUGGAAAGGAAGAAAGGCGAUAAGUAUGUCGCUUGUUUUGAAAGGUUACCGAAUCCUGUAAUAGAAUAA